CAAUCAGCAACCAGCUCGUGAGUUCGAACGCCCCGGGCAGAACGCGGAAUUACUCUGAAUGCAGGUGGAGAAAAAAAUAGAAAAAACAGUCCAUGCGGGGUAAAUUUCAACAUGGCGGCGCCGCAUGGCCACAGACGGAGGAAUUUAAACACCGGUUUCACCGACUUCCCAACACCAGAAGCUUUUCAGGACCUUCAGGGUGAAUCUCCAAAAAGCCAUACCCUUGAUUUUGAUCAUGAUGCUUUGGGCAGUACCUCAAGUACAUUUCAGAGCAGCCUGGAACCUUCUAUUCUAUCCAUCUUUGAAAAUUCAUCUGCUGAAGAGGUGAAAAUCCAGAUAGAUGAGGAAAGUGAAGCAUCACUGUUAUCCGCAUUCUCUGAGAUGUUGGACAGUGUGAUCGAAGACACCCUGUCCCCCUUUGACACGCUUCCUGACUCAAAGCUUUUUAUGGGUCAACAAUCCCAAGAAUCUAGAGUGAGGUUGCAUUGUCUGGACAGAGAAGCAGCUCCUCAGGUCACUAGAUCCUUUACAUCCUCAAAUUCAAAAGCAGAAAGCCUGCAUUCAGACAGGCAGCUGAGACCAAGGCUCCAUCGCAGGACUCAGGCGACUACUGUACAAAGAAGUGAUGGUGAGGAUGAGGACAUCAGUGAGACUAGAAGACGUCCCAUCCGAAUCUUCCGAAUAGAGUCUGACCAAGAACUGUAUGAAGAUGAGCAGCAGGACGGAUUUGUAACUGUAUCACUGGUAGAUUUGGUCAGGCACAUGCAUCCAUACAGCCUCAGGGUAGUCGCAGAUAAAAAAGAACGUCUCAGGAAUGUUGAGGAGCUCAAAGAGGAGGAUGUUUUUGUGGAUGUUGUGGGUGAUGAUGAAACAGAUGGUAUGCAUUUGGCGAACACUACCUAUGAUCUGGAUUUAGAACAGAAAGUUCCUAAUCCACAAAGUCCUGUGUGUCAGGAGGAGAUGCUGAAGAUAUGCUCACCAAGCUUUGGAAAAGAAAAGGAGGAGGAAGUUAAUGCUGCUCAAAGUGUAACUGCUAAGGCAGGUUGUUCUGGGAGGAUGAAGAAGAAAGUGAGAUUUGCCACUGACAUAGCAUCUAUACAUAUGUAUCAGAUUGAAGAUGAAGCACAUGAAGCUAAUGUCCCAGAUGCCUUGUUGUCAGCAGACCACACGGAUGACCUCAAAAUGGCAAAUUGUGAUUUCCAAACCUUACCAUUAAGUGGUAACGUGACUGAGUUAGCAGUGAAGACUCCUCCUCAAAACGUCAACACAAAACUCAAAACCCUCAGCCUUCAGGAGUACCGUCUUCUUCGACAGAAGAUGCUUCCAAAGGAAGAAAGAAAAACAGACUACAGAACCAAGUGGCCUUCAGUAUCCGAAACCCCAAAAGAGCUCGCUCCCAUUCCUUGUAUACCAGGUUACAAUUCUUCUCAGGUUAAUGUUCAAGCUCUACCUUCUAACGCCAAGACCUCAACCCCAGAAGCAGUGGCCAGGUCCAGAAGAAAUCUUCACCUACCCCUGAAAUCAUUCCCAAAACAAAACGCAUUAUUUAGAAAGCCUGUGCAAGCUGUUGACCCACCAAACCCUGUCAUUGUGUCUCUCCAACCAGAAGCAAUGCCCUCACCACCUCUGUCUGAGAAACAAAAGGUUAUGCAACAGGAAAAUGGCAAGUUUCAGGCUGACUGGACAAAUCCCUCAGUAGUGCAGAGCUCGAACCUUCAGAAACAGACCAGUUUUGUUACUCAAGAACAGCCAGCGAUGGUUUCACCUGGAGAUACCCGAGGUGCUAAACUUGGGAAGACAGCAUGUUCCUUUACAAUUCCUGGUAAUGUUAAAACCAACAUUUCUGCUCCAUCCUCACCUAUGACAGUUAUACCAGUGCAAGUAUUACAGGGAAGUCUACCUCCAGUGCAGAUACCAGUGUCAAACCACUCUACAGAGAAGAAAAGACAAGAAUCUACUGGAGAAAUAGGAAUAGAGGCUACUGAUGUAACCAGCCUUCUGGAGCAAUUUGAGACACAGGGACUCACUCCUCCUGCCACUCCUCCCCAUCAGGUCUGGAAACCCUUAACCCCUACUCGGAAAGCAAAGCAACACGAAGUCAUUAAACCAUCUCCCAGCAAAACAAUCCAAAUAAUUGACCCUAAGCCUCUGCCCCCAAGUAAGAUUCAGUUAAAGCCCCAACCUUCAUCCUCCAUCCCUGCCCCUAGCCUGUUUCUAGCAUUUAUAGACCAUGAUUACUGCAUCACUCAGGAUUUCAAACUCGGCAAAAAGAGAGCACUUUCAGAUGUUCAAAUGCACAAAAGACGUAAAGAAUCAAGGAAUCGAAUGAGCCAUAUGCCCAUGGAUAACAGGACUUCUUGUGAGGCCGAGCGUCUCUCUGGCUCUGUUCUGCUGUCUCCGGAGAGCUCCCCCUGCAGAUUGGAGGCCACAAGAAUGGGUGAAUAUACGGAAGCAGAAGAAGCAAAGCAUUCACGCUGUUCAUGUCCUCAGAGUCCUCCAACCAGAGGAAGAGCAAGGAUAAGGCAUUACCGUAGAAGGUAUCAUCAUUCUGACUCCAGUUCAGUGUCAUCCUCCCGUUCGCCUUCCUGCUCUUCAUCGGCUUCAUCGUGUUCACCACCUAGAAAAAGGUACAGAUCACGGCACUCAGAGAGCUGCUCAAGCUCCUCGUCUCGUUCCAGUUCACAGUCACUCUCCCCCUCUCCGAUCCGAGGCCGCGCCUGCCGCCGAUACCGUUGCUCUAGAUCCAGAUCCUUCAGCCGCUCCCCAUCUCCACAUCUAGACCCGAGACAGAAGUGGAGCAGCUGGAAGAGGCAGAGGGAAAUAUAUUAUCUGAGCCGAGGGGAAGAUCCUCGCAGGGUGGCAAAGCAGAAAGCUAUUGAAGAACGCAGGGUGGUGUACGUGGGAAGGAUAUGUGGCACUAUGACAAAGGAGGAGCUCUGGGAGCGCUUUGCACUGUUUGGGAAGAUUGAGGAUUGUACCGUACAUUUCAGAAGUCACGGGGACAACUAUGGAUUUGUUACAUAUUACAACAAAGAUGACGCUUUCGCUGCCAUAGAGAAGGGGACAAAGUUAAGGCAGCCGGACGAGCUCCCGUUCGAUAUCUGCUUUGGUGGGAGACGUCAGUUCUGCCAGUCAAACUACUUGGAUUUAGAUUCAAAUCGUGACAUGAACCCAGCCCCAAGAAGGGCCAAGGACAGCACACUUGACUUCGACACUCUGCUGAAGCAAGCCCAGCGAGGGCUAAAGACAUAGCACAGAGUAAUCUGGGAAUAUGAAGGGAUGAACUGACCGGUUGGAUAACAAUAAAUAUGGAGCAUGUUCGACACAAACCAAGCAAUUACCUCAGAACUCCCAAAGAGCUUGCACUUACACUGACACUAUAUGUAACUUAAUUGUUUUUGACAUUGAAGUUAAAAAAAUAAAACUUCUUCUUAAGGGUGCAUUAUAGAGAAAAAAGGUUUAUAAAACAGACAAGCAUUAAGGAUGUUUUAAAAAAAAUAAUAAAAGAUGCACCAUAAUUUGUUCUCAUCAAUAAUACACAUUACAAAGUAAUUUUUUCGAUUUAGAAUUAAACAAGAAGGCUGUUUUACAUUGAAUGAAAUAAAAAUCAUGCUUGAACAUU